UCAUUUAUUGUUGAUGACGGGGAGCUGUGUGUGGAUACUGUACACUGUAUCUUGUGUUUUUCCUGUGACUGUAAUUAUUUUGUGGCUUACAAGGAGAUAAAUGUCGUUUAUAAGUGUUACAAUAGGCUAUUUAUUCUAAUACCUAAAAGUGCUCGUGAUUUUUCUGUGCUAGUGAGUAACUGGCGGCCAACGAGAUGGGGCAAAGUCAAAGCUCUGUGUUGAGCAAGAGCGGCCGAAGGAGCUCGUUCCGGAGGUUCGUCCGUCGGAGCAAACUAAACAAAUCCAGUUUGAGUCACACAUUCAAUUUGCCGCCAUCCGACGACUAUCCGGAGCUGAUGAACGUGAACACGGCGACGGAGGAGCAGCUGAUGACACUGCCUGGCGUGAACAGGCAGUUGGCGCGGGAAAUAGUGAGGCAUCGGCAAAUGAUAGGUCGAUUCAAACGAGUAGACGACCUCGCUCUUGUUUCAGGUAUAGGUGCUGAUAAACUAGAAUUACUAAGGCCAGAGAUAUGCACAAAUAUAAGAAAACAAAUAUCUAGAGCAAGUUCACUGACACAAUCUUUAGACAGCGUAAGGAUACAGUCUGAGAGCAAACUGUGUUCUGUAAACUCAUCAAGUGUAUUCCAGUUACAAUGUGUACCGGGACUCAACCAAGAAAUAGCCGCAAACAUAGUAGACUACCGUAACAAAAAAGGCCCUUUUAAGUCAUUAGAUGAUUUAAUUAAAGUACGAGGAAUGGAUAUUGUGAGACUGAGUGCGGUCAAACCUCACCUUAGUUUGGAAUCAAGGAAGUGUGAAAGUGUGCAACAUUUAACAAAUGGACAUGUUAAUGGUUGGAACGAAGUGGAGAGUAUGCCCAACGGAGUCUCGAGUACUCCUAAAACUAAAACACCACCACAUAGAAAGAGUUUAUCAAUGCCGAAUAAUACUAAGUAUCCAAUGACAUUGCCAAAUGGUUUUGCAACGGUACCUGUGAAUGAUAUUUUGGACUUGCUAUCUGCAUACUCACAUAGGCCUAUUGUAGAAGAGAACUUCAUGUAUGAGCGAGACGGUGUUAGAUGUUGUCGACUUGCGUCGUGGAAUCUUCAUGAGCUCAGUGUGGAGAAGAUAACGAACCCUGGUGUGAGGGAAGUCGUCUGCAGGACUAUUUUGGAAAAUAAGUUAUCGUUAAUAGCCGUACAAGACGUAUUAGAAGAGGCCGCGUUGAAGAUCAUCUGUGAUGAAUUAAAUACCCCCGUUUUAAGGAGGAUCAGAGAAUGGAGGUGUAAUAGCCAACGGUGGCAGUACUGCUUGUCUGAACGAAUAGAAAGCCGACAGUUAGGAUUCAUAUACGACUCGGUGACCAAAGGUAUCACGGUGGAAGAUAUCGAUCUGGACCAGGUCUGUCUCCUCACAGAAGCUCCUGAUGCCCGGCGCCUUGUCACCGAGCUGACAGCAUUGCGAAGCGAACGAUACAUUGUUGCUCCUCAAGCGUUCCUGCUAUGCAGUCGACCAGUGAUAGUCGUGAAUAUGCACUUCAAAGGCACCCUGGAAGCUGAUGAUGUCACCAGUCUGAGAAGUAUAGCAGACCUCGCGGUCUCCAGCAAGAUGGAGCUGGUCUUCAUUGGAGAGUUCAGGACGAGGAGUAAUGUUCAAUCAUUCAAAACCUGCCAAUCGGUCCUGAACGAAGAAAUCGUUACUACGGUCGACAUGAAAGCUACGGGCCAAAGCGGCAUCUUAUGCCCCGGGAUGCUGGACAGCACCUCUUUUAACGGACAGUCGGGUGCUAUCAAAACAGGGCUCAGCCACUUAGCCAUACCACGAGGCUGGUCCUGGGGAGGCCCAGCAUCUCCCUUCUGCCCAAUCUGGGCCGAAAUAAAGGUUCCAGAUUGACAAAAACAUACAAUGAUGUAUGGCAAUAACAUAAAUAUAGCUAAUUUUGUAUCCUCGGCUGUCCUACUCAUCAUACAAUGCCUUCUAAUGGUGUUAUUGCACUCAUAUUUCAAUUGAGAUUAGACAGCCAUUUUCAAACGUCAAAAUUGGCGCCAAUUUUCUGUCAAUUUUAAGGUGUCAAAAUGUAUUUAUACUAUCUAUGGUUUAAGAGUUGUAUUUUUUAAUAUUACGUGAUAACCCGACUGGGCAUUGGGGUUUUGGUACAAUUUAUGCCAUUUCGUGUAGAUUUCAUUAUUAACCGUUUCCAUAGAUUGGGCUGCUUAAUUUAUUUUAGUGAACGAAUUUUUAAAUUGUAACUUUCGUGAGACAUACUAAAUUUAUUAUUAUGUUUUUGACUCACUCACGUAAUUAUUUGCUACUGUCAUUAGCAGUCGCCGAGUCGCGGGUCGGAAUGCUGCUCAUGAAUAUGAGCCUCUGGCAUGGCUUGAAACUAGUCGAGUUCCUCGUCAAAUAAUUGCCUGAGUAAGCCGAAAAACAUAAUAAUUAACGAAUUUUUAAAUUAAGACUUGCAGUAAACUGUACUUGUUGCAAUAAUAAUUAUAUUAUUGUGUGUACAUUUAGUAGCGUAGGACCAAUAUAAUAUAGUCCAAUUUUUGCCCAACCAAAGCAUGGAACAUUAAUCGUGAAACUAAUAGAAAAUAUGAUGAAUUACCACUCUAGCUAAUUAUGUAUAUAAAUUUUUAAAAUAAUAUAUAUUUAUGUAAAUAAAACGUAGUCUUUGCGGGGCAUAGACUGAAAGUGUGCUUUUUAAUGUUAAGUAGGUAGAUUAAAAAGUUUUUUUUUGUUUUAAUUAUUAUUUAUGCAAAACUGUUAUUUUCGACUUGUAAGCGUCACUGAGUCAUCAUGUAACGUGGUUCUAGAAGUGGUGCUUUUGUUCUCAACUCUACUAUUCUUUAGAAAUCAGAACUUGAUGAUAUAAGACAAUUAUCUUUCUAUUCUAUAAAAUAUAUUAUCACAGAUGUAUUCAACACUUUUAGUAAAUAAUAUACUCCAUUACCGUUUAAAAACAAUAUUUUUUCUUAAAUCAAGUAUUGUCUCAAACAUAACAUUACUAUAAAUACAUUGCGAAAAUUAUAAACUAUUCAUUUAUGCUAUAUAACUCAUAAGACGUAUUAUGUACUACACGUUUACCCACGUAACUGUUUUACGAGGUAACUCGAUUAAUUUCGAGCCACGCUCGGGGCUCAUAAUAUGAGGAGCAAUGUACCAAUUUUAUUAUAAUUAUGUAUAUCAGUCGUUUUCGUUUAGUUACUUCUCUAUUUAAUAAGAUCCUAAAGUAUAAGAGAUUUGACUGCUGUAACUCUUGCUACUAUAGUGACUGAACGUAAUUAGUAAAACGCUUUCUAUGUAAAAAUGUAAAUUUUGGCGUUCAAAGGAAUUUAAUAUUUAAGACAAAUAAAAAGAAAUCUACUUAAUAUUUUUGUAUUAUGUGAUUUUGAUCUCGUAUAGGAAGAAAGGAUAAAUUAGAUUCUUCAAAAUUUUCUAAAUUUAUUUCGUUUGUCGGAUUUUCUGCUGCUAUCUUGUGAACGGCUGAAUCUACUUGCAAUAUAUUUGAAAAUCUUUCCUAAAAUACUAUAAUAUAAAAUAUAUGGAGUAAUAUUUUUGGCAAAUUACACAAUAUAGAUAAAUAAUCUGUCCUACAACUA